GUAAAAAAUACAAUAAUUACAACCAAAAUAUGUUUUGGUCCUUUACUGAUAUGGGACAGAGGAUCGAAGCCUCUCUCCCCCGCGUCUGAGACGAAACCUAGAUCCCAAUUCUCUCCACGCGUUCAAGGUUUCUCAGGUUCACAUCUGCUGUAAAGUUACGAGGCUUGGGGGAUAUAUACAUAUAUAACCAGAAGGAACUCUUUUUUAAUCAUGGAGACUCUAUGGAACCUUUUGUAUCUGCUAGAACCUGCUCCAGCUACUCUCAUUGUGACAGCUGUCACGGUGACAUUUGCAUCUGCUUUCCGUGCACUUAACUAUGGGAAAGAGAUGGAGAGAAACCGUGACUUCUCCGAGGCAUCCAUAACACUCGAUAGCUCUCAGGCUUUAAUGAUCCCGGUCAUGAGCUCUUGCAGUUUGCUUCUCAUGUUCUAUUUGUUCUCUUCUGUCUCUCAGCUCCUGACCGCUUUUACAGCCAUUGCCUCUGUCUCGUCUCUCUUCUUCUGGUUAUCACCAUAUGCGUUAUAUAUCAAGUCGCAGCUUGGUCUCUCUGAUCCCUUUGUUUCCCGCUGCUGCUCUAAAUCCUUUACAAGGACGCAAGGGUUGCUGCUUGUGGCUUGCGCCAUGACAGUCGUGGCAUGGCUCGUCUCUGGUCAUUGGGUGUUGAACAAUUUGCUUGGGAUCUCCAUUUGUAUCGCGUUUGUCAGCCAUGUUCGUCUUCCUAAUAUCAAAAUAUGUGCUAUGCUCCUCCUGUGUCUCUUUGUAUAUGACAUAUUCUGGGUUUUCUUCUCUGAGAGAUUCUUUGGUGCUAACGUUAUGGUGGCCGUGGCUACCCAGCAAGCAUCGAACCCGGUUCACACUGUGGCUAACAGUUUGAAUCUUCCUGGACUGCAACUGAUCACAAAGAAACUGGAGCUGCCAGUGAAAAUAGUGUUUCCAAGGAACCUAUUGGGCGGUGUGGUGCCAGGUGUGAGUGCCUCAGACUUCAUGAUGCUUGGUCUUGGUGACAUGGCUAUCCCCGCAAUGCUUUUGGCUUUGGUCCUCUGCUUUGACCAUCGAAAAACAAGAGAUGUGGUGAAUCUUUUUGAUCUGAAAUCUUCCAAGGGACACAAAUACAUAAGGUAUGCACUUCCCGGGUACGCCAUUGGCUUGGUCUCGGCUCUAGCUGCGGGUGUCUUGACCCACUCACCUCAGCCAGCUCUACUUUAUCUGGUACCAUCUACAUUAGGACCUGUGAUCUUCAUGUCAUGGCGGAGAAAGGAUCUUGCGGAGCUGUGGGAAGGAUCAGCAUUAUCUAAUCCCAUUGAGAAGUCUCAUGAAAUAGAGAUCUGAAUUUAUUAAUCAAUCAAGAUAGCUCAGAAACAUAAAACCAAAAACACAAAGUUGUUUAUUAGGAACGAUAUCAGAUCAGGUUUGUAUUCUGAAGUAAAGAAAAAAAAAACAGAAGGGAGAUGUUAUCUUUAGCAGUAAGUAAUUAUAUCUCAUUUAUUGCAUUA